AUGAAUGCAGAUCACGACAAUAAUAAUGAAUUUGUGUAUGAUACUCUCAAGCUCCUUCAACUCCUCGAAAGUAUAUCAACAACAACGGAAUCAACAAAUCUACAAUCGAAGAUCAAUUUGUAUUUAAAGGAUUUAUUAUCAGUUGAAUAUGUCUUGAUAGUUCCGUUACUACCAACAAGCGAAGAGACUCAAGAGGGGUUGAUUCAAGUGGUUAACGAUAAUGUUCUUGAGAAGGAGUUUAGAUUUUCGGUAAACACCUCGGACAUAGAGAAUUCAUCAUGUGAAUCAAAUGAUCAUCCAUUUAAAGUAACUGACUUAAAUAAGAGCUUCUCGGAAGUUAUUGAGAUGGUUGUCGGAAAGGAGCACAACACUUUAAUUUUUGAUGUCAAAGGCAGCAAUUCCCAUCAGUCCAUAAAAUCGUCUAAUGCGCUUUUCGUGUGUAUUGCUGGCGAUAGCUCGCAAAGGGAAAAGUUUGAAUUUUAUGUCCAACAUACAUUUCGUUAUGUUCUUGGUCACUUGUUGACAGCAUUUGAGCUUUAUGAGGAGAAAAGGGUACGAUUUCAAUGUCAGAAUUUACUUCAAGUGGCACGUCGUUUACUUAGUAAGAUUGGUGAUCUCGGACAGCUUUUACGUGGAGUUAUGGCUGAGGCUCGAGAGCUCGCCAAGGCAGAAAGAUGUUCAUUAUUUUUAAUAGACAAAGAUACAGGUGAAUUAGUCUCAAAAGUAUUUGAUGGUACGGCAAUAACACAACAAAUAAAGCAAUCGAAAGAGGUUCGCAUAAGUGGCACACAAGGCAUUGCAGGGCAUGUUGCACAGACAGGCAAAUUAUUAAAUAUUCACAAUGCAUAUCAUCAUCCUUUAUUUUAUAAAGGCAUCGACGAACAAACUGGCUUUAAAACUCGCAAUAUCUUAUGUUUUCCAAUAUGUGAUGAGGAACGAGUCAUUGGUGUUGCUCAACUAUGCAAUAAGAUAGACGGAUUUCAUUUCGAUAAGUGUGACGAAGAGACUGCAACAGCAUUUUCAGUCUAUUGUGGUAUUAGCAUAAUGCAUUCAUUGGUACACAAACGUGUUCAGAAAGCAGAAGCGAGAUAUAAGCUCUCACAGGAAUUGCUACUUUAUCACAUGAAAGUACCAGAAUUAGAUGUAGCAAACUGUCUUAAUCGUUCAACAUUAGCGACUGUCAUUGAGAAUUUUCCAAACUUUGAAAGCUUUGACUUUUGUCCCCGUGAUGUUGAUGAUCAUAGUUCAGUGUAUUUAUGCAUAAAAAUGUUUAUGGAUUUAAACUUUAUUGUAGACUUUAAAAUGCCAGAAGAGAAACUCGCAAGAUUUGUCAUGCUAGUCCAAAAAGGUUAUCGAAAUAUGCCGUACCAUAAUUGGCAGCAUGCAUUCUCCGUUACACAUUUCUCUUAUGCAUGCAUGAAAAAUUUAAAGUUAAUUGAACGAGGAAUCAUAACAAAAUUGCAAGGACUUUCAUUCCUCAUAUCAUGUUUAUGUCACGAUUUAGAUCAUCGUGGUUUUAAUAACUCAUACAUGACGCAAAGUGGCAGUAUGCUUGCUCGACUGUAUUCGUCAGAAGGAAGCAUUAAUGAACGUCAUCAUUUAUCCCAAGCAAUUUGCAUUCUAAAUGAUCCUGGAAGUAAAAUUCUCGAUUCAUUGUCAACGGAAAAUUUUAUGGAAUCAAUAGAUAUUUUGAGGGAAUUGAUACUCGCAACUGAUUUAGCUAAUCACUUUAGAAUUUCCAAGGAUUUAAAGAAACUUAAUCCGGAUAACAUACAAAAUCAUCAACGAAUGCUCCUUUCAUUACUUAUUACAUGCUGUGACUUAAAUGACCAAAUAAAAAAGUGGACAACUGUCUAUCGUGUUGCAGAGCUAGUCUAUACGGAAUUCUUCACGCAAGGCGAUCUCGAGAAGCAAAUGGGAAUGUCACCAAAUUUAAUGUUUGACAGGAAGAAGGCAAACGUCCCAGCGCUUCAAAUUGAAUUUCUUGAUGCGGUUGUAAAGCCAACAUAUGAGAUAUUUGUGCAAAUAUUUCCCGAGACAUCGCAAUUCCUUGAAACGAUAACAGAAAAUCGGCAGCAUUGGGUUGAGAUUAAAGAAAAAGAGGAAACUUGUUGUAAAAAUGGAAAUUCUUGUUAG